CAUUUAACGUUACUUGACUCUUUAGUUUUUUUUACAAUAGCAAGACAGUUAGAUAACUGUCUUUUUACGGUACUUCGAAGUUUAAACUCAAGUAAACGUCAAAAACAAAAAAAUUCUCAAUUCAAUUCGUUCGCUAAAAUUCCGCACAGUGUUGUAGCAAAAAUUAAGUUUUCGUUAUUAUAUAUCGAACAUUUAUGUAGUGUGGACGAAUGCGUUCGCGGAAUUUUUAAAUAAUUAUUGUAAAAAUAAUGUAAGAUUUAACGCGGCCUAGAUAGCAGAAAUUUUUGAAUCAAAUUAUCGAGUUUUAUCACGCAAUGAAUAAAUUAAAAAAUCUAAUCACCUAUUUAUCUUGAUAAAUAAUUAUUAGAGUGCGAUCGGUGCUAGAUUUACCUGUGAUAUUCAUUUUAAAGUGUUGGGAGCAGGAUUCGGUAUUUGCAUUCCUGUGCAUCAUGAGAAACUUGAACAAAAUUGAAUCCUGAGACACAAUGUUAUAUUGAAGAAAUGCCACGCCUCAAAUAUGGAUCCAUUCUCCGCGUGUUUGUUAUUUUGGGUCUACUCUGCAUCUGGGUACAGAUAAUGCUGUCCGCGUCUAGCGUGUCUAUGGAUAAAGAUGGCGAUAUUGCAUCGGACAUAGCCACUAACCAAACUAACAUAAUUGAGUUAUACACAGAAGAGCUGAUGAACUACAAUGACACAUCGGAACAGGUGUUGGCGUUGGUCCCGCCGGAGCUUCACAAAUAUUUAACUGUGCACCAUAAGAAUAUUAGUGUUAACGCCACAGACCGUAUAGCACCAAAGAAUACGUCAGACAUACGAAGAGCCAUAGAAAUGAUAAACGAAGCUCAGACUAUAUACAAUGAAGAUAUCUUUGGCCCAGUGCAGAAUGACACCAUUAUUAUUGCUAUACAGGUGCACACACGUCUGACUUACCUACGGCAUUUGAUAGUGUCGCUUGCGCAGGCGAAAGACAUAGACAGAACAUUACUGGUGUUUUCACAUGACUAUUAUGAUGAAGAAAUUAAUAGUUUAGUUAGGAGCAUAGAUUUUACCAAGGUAAUGCAAGUAUUUUACCCGUAUUCAAUACAAACGCAUCCAAAUGAGUUUCCCGGGAUGGACCCAAACGAUUGUCCCAGGGACUCCAAAUUAGAACAAGCUUUAAAACUAAAAUGCAAUAAUGCGUUGCACCCUGACCUGCAUGGUCACUAUCGUGAGGCGAAGUACACGCAAACAAAACAUCAUUGGUGGUGGAAAGCCAACAGGAUCUUCAACCAGCUGCAAUCCACUGCUGGACAUACUGGCAUGGUAGUCUUUCUAGAAGAAGACCAUUAUGUAGCCGAAGAUUUUAUCCACAUGCUCCAUUUACUGCGUGCAACAGCUGAUAAAACAUGCCCGCAGUGCGAAAUACUCUGCCUCGGCACGUACUUGAAGACAUACCAGUAUCAUAGUAACACAGAUAAGAGAAAGAAGAAUUUUAACCUAAAUUACAUUCAACAAGUGAGAGCAAUAAACGAAGAGAGAAGAAAGAGACUUCAGGAGACACAAUGGAACUACCAAGUUUACCCAAAUCUGUAUUCUACUACGCAAAAGGUCGAAAUAACUCCCUGGCACUCAAGUAUGCAUAAUAUGGGAAUGGUUUUCAACAAAACAGUGUGGAAUAAUAUAAUGGAGUUAGAACAACAGUUCUGCGCGUAUGACGAUUACAAUUGGGACUACUCUCUGCUUCAUUUAUCACAAAACCGGCCUGGCCGGGAGAAAUUCAAAGUUAUUUUGUGUAAGGGACCGAGAGUGUUUCAUAUUGGGGAAUGUGGGAUACAUCAUAAGAAAUCGAACUGCAAUGCUUCCACAGUUAUAAGCAAAGUACAGAAACUAUUACAAAACGCAAAGAAAUAUAUGUUCCCGUCGAGAAUUAUCGCUACAAUUACCGCAGGAGGCGCCAAACAUAACAAGAAACUUACCAAGGGGAAUGGGGGGUGGGGGGAUAUACGUGACCAAGAACUAUGCACAAAUAUGACAAAAAUUGGGCGACAAUUCAGAAAAUACAUCUACUACGCAUAAAACAUCGGCCAUUUCCUUUAGCAACGCAUAUUUAUAAUUGGUACAGGUAUUUUAUUUAUGUUUAUAUAAAUUUUAAUGAACAAAGCGUGAAUUAUAUUAUAACAUUAUCUAUAUAAAAUUCUUCGUCUACCUUCAAAUUCCGUCAACUUAUUAUAUGUAUACAGUAACUUUUAACUUUCUAUAUCCAAAAUCUCUUUAUUUUAAGUCUCCCGAAAAUCAGGAAUAAAUAAGUUUCUAACCACACACACACACACACAUUGCCUUGGUCUUGGUUUUUCUACCAGCUGUAUUUAACUUGACGGGGUAGAGUGGUAAGGGAGCGUUCAAUUAUUACGUAACACAAUUUUUGGAGAUUAUUGACCCCCCCCAUGUAACUCACCGUAACGUUUUUUCAGUACCCAAGUAUAGUAAAAC